GAAGAGAUGAAGCCAAAGACUUUCCACAGACAGUCAGACUAUCGUCAUGCUUGGAGGUCUGACCAUCCUCUAGGAUACCUUCCUCUCAGUGAGCUUGACAGCGGGUUGGGCUGUGGACCAGACAGCCCACACCACAGGUUGCUGCUUUCCGAAGCCGAGACUGAUGCCAUGUCAUCUCUGCCAGGCCACACCCCUUCCUCCCAAGGCUCCUCCUCUUCCUCUGAAUCCCUAAUCUCAUCCGAACCCAGUGACUCCGGUUUCCACAGCGUCAGCACUGGGGAGCACAGACGGCUGCACAAGAUUCAUGGGGGCCACAACUCCCGUCAGACUCCCCACCUCCGAUCAGGCCACUCCCCUCGAGAGCAGAGAGGACGUUGGGACUUGGAGUCCAUCCCUGAGACGACGCCAGUGAUCCACUCUGAAGCACCACAGGCUUCACACUGCUCAGUGGGUAACAGCACUACCACAACAGUCCACUUCCACAGAGCUGAGAGGAGUCCAACUUUACCACGCCAUCGUUCCCCACCAUCACCAUCUGUCGGUUGUCGGACUGAGCCUUGCCAGCGGAGGGCGCUGUGGUUGGAGCAGCAGAUGGGUGGAAGAAGGAUGAUGGAGGCUCCGGGGAGGAGUCGAACGAUAACAGAUCUGAGUGAGGGGCAAAGGCACCGUAGGGCAAGUCACCCCAACAUGACGGACCAGGACAAUUUGAGAAAUACACUCCAGAACUGCCAAUCCAGUCCAACCAGAGAUGCGAUGGGACCGAGGAGCAGGGCCAGUUAUCCCAGCAACAGUCACCCCGCUGGGCACCUCAGCAUAGACAGACCCAACCUGACCAAUCAUCUGAGCUCAACCCGGAGCAGAGAGGAGGACUCCCUCUCUAAGAGUCCUGGAUCUGCCUCCAGUGGCAUCUCGGACUGGCGAGGCGUUCAAACUCUCGGGAGUCACAUGGAGACACUUAAAGGUCCCUAUGUUCCUUUGUACAGCACUCUUGGAGCCCCUCAGCAUAGUCCUCGAUCUCCAACUUCACCCCGGUCCAGACUGUCCAAUCAGAAGUCUGUCAGGAAUCAGCUACUCAGAGCCCGAGCUUACCGAUUGGCCAGGGAACGCAGUGAGGUCACGACAGAUGAAGGCGAGGGGGCAAGGGAAGGAGAAGAGGAAGGGGAAGAUGGACGGUGGGCGGGACGAUACUGGAGUCGGACAGAAAGAAGGCGUCAGAUGGCGCUAUCACGGCAACACCGAGAGAGAAGAGGCGGAGGGGAGGACCUGAUGGGGGGAGGUCAGGGGUUGCUGUCAUCUCAGGCGGUGUUGGAGCUGAGCCACAUGAAGCAGAACCGCCUGAGGAACAGCAAGCUGCUCGACGAUUGGACGACAGUGGAGGAACUGUUGACACACGGGACCCGAGUGGAGAGCGACAGUCAGCUCUGUCCGAGCCCUCUGUUAUCAGUCACCACUGUCUGA